UUGAUCAAACUGUUAACCUUUAUUCUGUUUUAGAUCUAUACCUAUAUAUACAUAGUUAUACAAUAUCCUGUGUUAGAAUGCGAACUCCAUUAAAAAUGUGAAAUGAUUCAAGCUACUCUAAAAAUGUAACAUGGCACCAAAGAAGAAUCCUGGCGAAAAAUCAGCCAAGCAAGCCGAUAAAGCUAAAAAUGACAAAAAAGUGGCAAAGAAGCCGCCAUCUAAAGCGAAAUUCGUCAUCAUAGGAGGGUCAAUAUUACUUUUAGUUAUUGCCUGUGCGGCUUUAUCAAUAACAAUAUCAGCCCAGCCGUCAGGUUCGAUCAUAUGCGACAAAAUACAAAAAGCCAAAGAAAUGGGAAUCGAAGCCAUAGAAGAAAAAUACAAUUGGUUAGAUGUUAACAUGUGUAGAGAAAGUUCUUGUACGUUCGAUACCGACACAUGUGAUGCUGAAUGUCCAUUUGGAUACGAACUAGACGCAAAUAACUGUCCAGUGAGUUGCGAAUGUGUUCCGGAUACACAAGGCUCGUUUCAAGGAGACUUACAAAUCAGUGAAGGCGAGAUGGAGGACUAUUUAUCAAAAUUCGGUUACAUGGACGAGGAAAAGGAAUUUGAAGUUUUUGCCAGCUCUUCUGUUGAGAAAAGGACGAAACUUUGGAAUACUGAACGAUAUAUGUCAGAUUCUACAAAGUUUGAGGUUCCAUACGCGUUCGAUGACCAAAUGAACACAAAUUUGGGAAGUAGAACCAUAAAAGCAGCGGAAGCAGCAAUAAGAGAAGUGGAGUCAAGAAUAAGUUGCUUGAAAUUUGUCAAGCAUGAUGAUCCUCAGGGAUCAUACAUAUUGUUCACCAAGAGAUCGGGAUGCUGGUCUGGUGUAGGAAAAAUUCCCUUCCAUAACGAAAUAUCUCUUGGCGUUGGUUGCAAUGAUCCUAGUACAAUAAAGCAUAUGAUAUAUCACAGAUUGGGAUUCCAACAUGAGCACUCUCGACCAGAUCGUGAUAAUUACGUCACUAUAAAUUAUGCAAAUAUGAAACGAUCUCGCAGGUACAACUUCAAAAAAUUGAAAGCCGGUAGAGUGAGAGAAACCAACUCGCAAUAUGACUUGAAGUCACUUGUGCAUCUGCAUGGUAUGGCGAUGUCAAAUAACGGACAACCAACAAUAGUUGAGAAGGCAACUGGACAGGCAGUUCAUGGUCAAGCGCCAGAUUUUUCCCCAGAAGACAUUAAGGAACUAAAUUACAUUUACUGCAAUGCUGAAUCCGACGAAAUUGCAGUUUCCGGUGGUUCAUCUUCUGGUGGGUAUCCUUCACCAGGAACGUACCCUUCAUCCAGCGGUUUCCCAUCACCUAGUGGAUAUCCUCCGUCUGGCAGUGGCUUCUCGUCGCCCAGCGGUAAUAUUUCACCUAGUGGAGAUACGCCACCCAGUGGAUCCCUUCCACCUACUGGAUAUUCUUCGCCAACCGGAUAUCCUUCACCCAGCGUUUAUCCUUCUUCCGGUGGCUACCCUUCGAGUGGUUUUCCUUCACCAUCACUUGUCGGAUAUCCCUCACCCACUUCGUCAUCAACUCCACCUGCAGAUAGCAGUCAAUGGGGUUCUUGGGGGCCCUACACUCCAUGUACGGUUACUUGUGGAGAUGGUACCAAAUCUAGCGUUCGAGAAUGUCCCGUUAAAGAUGAUUGCGUCGGAGUGGGUAACACCAAAUCAAUAUGUCACAAGCCUGCUUGCUCCAGCAGUGGCGAUUCAUAUGAACAUAACCCCUACUCGCCAUAUGGUUCAUCAGGUACAUAUGGUGCGACACCCGUUGGUUCACCGGCUUCUAGUGGACCCUCAGCAUAUGUUUCAUCAGGUACAUAUGGUGCGACACCCGUUGGUUCACCGCCUUCUAGUGGACCCUCAAUAUAUGGUUCAUUAGGUACAUAUGGUGCGACACCCGUUGGUUCACCGCCUUCUAGUGGACCCUCAAUAUAUGGUUCAUCAGGUACAUAUGGUGCGACACCCGUUGGUUCACCGCCUUCUAGUGGACCCUCAAUAUAUGGUGCGACACCCGUUGGUUCACCGCCUUCUAGUGGACCCUCAAUAUAUGGGGCGACACCCGUUGGUUCACCGCCUUCUAGUGGACCCUCAAUAUAUGGUUCAUCAGGUACAUAUGGUGCGACACCCGUUGGUUCACCGCCUUCUAGUGGACCCUCAAUAUAUGGUGCGACACCCGUUGGUUCACCGCCUUCUAGUGGACCCUCAAUAUAUGGUGCGACACCCGUUGGUUCACCACCUUAUAGUGGGCCCUCGGUAGCGUCAUUAUUUGGAUCAUUUUCUGAAAAUAGCGAUGAACCAUCAUCUUCCAGUACCUCGUCUGGAUCACCGUCAUCUCCCUCAUCGUUUCAAUCAUACUCACCGCCAGCUUCACCAUGGGGUUCAGUAAGCUCAAAAUCGUCAAGAAUGUAUGAAUCCACAUCAACAGGCUGGGGUUCAUGGAGUCCAUUUAGCAGCUGCAAUAGAUCAUGUGGACCAAGUUGGAAAACAAAGAAAAGAGUUUGCAAUUCUGGCUCUGAAUGUCGAGGGACGGCCUCCAAGAUUCGAUUUUGCGUGAAACCUUACUGUUAAUAUUUCAUUUUUAACACAAACUUGGAAUAAUAAAAUAAUAUUUAUUCUCUUCAAAUAUAUGUAUGAAAUAUA